AUGAAACCAAAAUAUGUCACUGCUGCUCAUGAGAAGUACCUUUUACGUUAUAUGUACGGAAAACUGGAAACUCACCGAAAAAAGAAAAUCAAGUUCACGGGUGGAGAUAAGGUGCGCAUCAGCAAGUACAAGAAUUUUUUCGAGAAUUUUUUCUAUACACCCAACUGGACAACCGAUAUAUUCACGAUAAGUGUGGUUCUAAACACCAAUCCUGUGACCUACAAGCUCAUCGAUUAUGAGGACAAACCAAUUGAGGGUGGAUUUUACCAGAAGGAGUUAACGAAAGUCAGAUAUCCUGACAUCUACCUCGUAGAGAAGAUACUUCGAAGACGUGGAAACAAAGUAUUUGUCAAAUGA